AUGAGUGGUCAGAACCUUGAGUCGACACCACACAUGAAGUUCUUCUGGGAACAGCAAAUGCAUUUGCUGCAAACCAAAAAAAUGGCACACAGAUAUCACCCCCAAAUUAUCAGGUUUGCUUUGUCAAUACAUUGCAAAUCCCGAUCGGCAUAUAGAGAGUUGAGAGAGAGUGGGGCCCUCAUAUUACCAAGUGAGCGUGUUCUCCGAGAUUACAAAAACUAUUUCAAACCUGGAGCUGGUAUCACCAAAGAGAAUAUUCAAGAAUUAAAAGAUAAAACAUCACACUAUGCUGGCAUUCAGAAAUAUGUAGCAGUUGUAAUGGACGAAAUGAAAAUACAAGAAAACCUUGUUUUUGAUAAAACUUCCGGCGAACUGAUUGGCUACAUUGAUCUCGGCGAUCCCUUGACAACCUUCGCUAAUGUUGAUGAAGACACUGAUCCAAUUGCAUCCCAUGCAUUGGCAUUUUUAGUAAGAGGAUUACGUACUAAUCUGAAGCAUGUAGUUGCCUAUUAUUUUACUGGCAAUGUGACAUCUUUUCAAUUAAUGCCACUAUUUUGGAAAGUUGUUGCAGCUCUUGAGACGACAGUAAGGCUAUGGGUGAUUGCAGCAGUGAACAAUGGUGCAUCUCCAAACCGAAAGUUCUUUGCACUUCAUGCCAAACUAGGUGGUAAAUUACCAGAUGGUUUGGUGUACAAAACAACCAAUCUUUUUGUCUGUCUCGCAUGA